UGCUUUUAACAGUGAUUUAGCCAUGGUUUUCGUAUUGUGGAAGAAGGUAUGUUUCCCCUAUCAAAAGAGAUACCAACUGUAUGUUCAACGGUAAUGGAUUCUACGUGUAAGCUAGCUUGGUAGCUAGCUCUUAUAUGUAGGAGUAAUUAGCGUAUCGUAUUUGUUUGUCUGUUUCACAUCAACAAUUUAAAUGUCUGAGCAGAGUUAAGAAACAUCGUAAUAUCCAAAAGACUGUCAGUGAUAAUGUUUCCGUUAUUACAAAGAUUGUAGAAUGGAGGAGUACGAUGAUGGAGAGGAAGAGGUGCGAAAAUCUUCCGAAAGCAACAAAACGAAAAAGAAAUCGUUGUGUCGUGUGUUGAUGCAGAAGAAAACGAAAGUUGGCUGUCUGUCAACAAAUUCGGAAGAAUUUUUCCACAAGAAAUCUAUGUGUGAAGAAGGAAAACUUGAGGAAAGGAAAGGUAGUCCAGUGAAAGUUAUUACGCCGAGGGACUCGGGUGACUCAUUGGAAAACUUCCAGACUAAGGCGAAAUUACAAAAGAAUUAUCAGUGUUCUGAAUCCUCGAGUGAUUUAAAUAAUAGCACAAAAGUGGCACUGUGUUGUGCAAUGACAGAGCGUUCCAGAUCAUCAAGCAGCAACCAGCGGUCUGAUUAUCAGUGUGUUGCCGAAGAUAAAUCAAGUAUAAAAACCGUCGCUCAGUUGGGGACAUCGGCUGAAGAAAAUACUACCAAAAAAGCCUUCAGCGACAAGAAGUCGGCGUCGUUGGAGGAAACCUUUAGUAUAAAUUCCGACAUUGCGAGUAAUAGAAAGCAAAAUGAAUCAAGUUCUGGAGAUAGAGAAGAAACGUCAUCUGUGCAUCACGAGUUGUCCCUAUCACCAUCGGCAAGCGAAAUUUCUUCUUGUGAAUCUUGCUCACCUAAAAAUUCUGUUUCACAAGCCCGCCUGAGAAGGCAACUACUCUCUCAGAGGAGAUCGGCAGAUAACCUUGUAUCUUGUGCGGCACAACAUUCCUCUCCUGUUUCGAACAGGAGUGCACCAGAACAACGUCGUUUUAAAAAGAGAUCAUCGUCACAUGACGCUGCAGCAGUUCAAGAUGAUGACAAAAAAGAGAAGGCAGUUCUUACAGUAAAUAAUGAGAAUUCUGUGUCUGGAAAUUCAUCUUCCACAAGAGGACAGAAAUUUGUGGCUUCAAUGGAUAGUUUGGCAAGGAAUUCCUUACUUGCAGCACAAGUUCUGCAUUUGAUACCAACAAUCAAAGCUAGGGAAAGGAACUUUUUACACGGCCGUAUUGCCGCCAAUUCACUUCUUGGAUCAGUGGAACUGGAACGCACACUGCCCCACCGUGAACUGCGGAUCUUUGUGGGAACAUGGAAUAUGAAUGGACAGCCUCCUCCACAUGAACUUAAUGACUUCAUGCUCCCAGCAACUUUAGAACACGUCCCAGAUGUUGUUGCAAUUGGCACUCAAGAGAGCUAUUCGGAGAGGUUUGAGUGGGAAGUGAGUUUACAGGAAACGCUUGGACCUUCACAUCUCCUGCUACAUUCAGCAGCACUAGGGACACUGCAUCUUGCUGUGUUUAUACGGCGUGAUCUCUUAUGGUUUUGUUCUGUUGCUGAGGAGGCAAGCUACAGUGUUCGACCUGGAACAGCAUUCAGAACAAAGGGUGCUGUAGCAGUGGCGUUUAUGUUGUUUGGCACAUCAUAUUUGUUCAUUACUUCACACCUUACAGCACAUAUGGAGAAGGUCAAGGAAAGAAUUCAGGAUAUCAAGAAAAUUGUGCGUUCAUUAGAUCUUCCAAAAAUUCUGCCGAUUCGUCACAAGAGUAAAGAUGUAACACAGAAUUUUGAUUAUGUGUUUUGGUCUGGGGAUUUGAACUUCAGACUUUCUCAGCCCCGUGAUGAAGUUUUGCAGUGGGUAUCAGAGCAAGAAUUCCCCUUGCCCUUGCCACAUAGUUUACACAGUGAUCAGUUGAAAGCCAUUAUUGCAGAAGGAAGUGUCUUCCGAGAUUUUGAAGAAGGUCCUAUAACAUUCCCACCAACGUAUAAGUAUGAUCCGGGAACGCAGAUGUUUGACAGUUCGCACAAACAGCGCACACCAGCAUACACAGAUCGCAUCUUAUACAAAUGUCGAAGUGGUCGUGGCGUUCUGCAGUGUUUGCUGUAUUCAUCAGCUCCAUCCAUCUGCACAUCAGAUCACAAGCCAGUGUGGGGCCUCUAUAGCAGUGCUGUGCGACCUGGGAUUGACACUAUUCCUUUGGCAGCAGGCCUCUUCAAUCGUGAUGUGUACCUUGAAGGCAUCAAGCGACGUGCUGCUGCAUUGGAUAGAAGCCAAGGAACCUCGGCUAUUUGUAGUAUGCAAUGA